GUUGGUCCUGUGGACCGCGUUGGGACCAAACCGGCCUGUUGGUCCUGUGGACCCGGUUGGACCAACCGGCCAGUUGGUCCUGUGGACCGGUUUGGACCAACCGGCCAGUUGGUCCUGUGGACCGGUUGGACCAACCGGCCAGUUGGUCCUGUGGACCGGUUGGACCAACCGGCCAGUUGGUCAUGUGGACCGGUUGGACCAACCGGCCAGUUGGUCCUGUGGACCGGUUGGACCAACCGGCCAGUUGGUCCUGUGGACCGGUUGGACCAACCGGCCAGUUGGUCCUGUGGACCGGUUGGACCAACCGGCAGUUGGUCCUGUGGACCGGUUGGACCAACCGGCCUGUUGGUCCUGACCGUUCCCCCCCCCCCCCCCGUCCUGGUGUGGACCGGUUGGACCAACCGGCCAGUUGGUCCUGUGGACCGGUUGGACCAACCGGCUAGUUGGUCCUGUGGACCGGUUGGACCAACCGGCCAGUUGGUCCUGUGGACCGGUUGGACCAACCGGCCAGUUGGUCCUGUGGACCGGUUGGACCAACCGGCUGUUGGUCCUGUGGACCGGUUGGACCAACCGGCCAGUUGGUCCUGUGGACCGGUUGGACCAACCGGCCAGUUGGUCCUGUGGACCGGUUGGACCAACCGGCCAGUUGGUCCUGUGGACCGGUUGGACCAACCGGCCUGUUGGUCCUGUGGACCGGUUGGACCAACCGGCCUGUUGGUCCUGUGGACCGGUUGGACCAACCGGCCAGUUGGUCCUGUGGACCGGUUGGACCAACCGGCCAGUUGGUCCUGUGGACCGGUUGGACCAACCGGCCAGUUGGUCCUGUGGACCGGUUGGACCAACCGCGUGUUGGUCCUGUGGACCGGUUGGACCAACCGGCUAGUUGGUCUGUGGACCGGUUGGACCACCGGCCAGUUGGUCCUGUGGACCGGUUGGACCAACCGGCCAGUUGGUCCUGUGGACCGGUUGGACCAACCGGCUUGUUGGUCCUGUGGACCGGUUGGACCAACCAGCCUGUUGGUCCUGUGGACCGGUGGACCAACCGGCUUGUUGGUCCUGUGGACCGGUUGGACCAACCGGCUAGUUGGUCCUGUGGACCGGUUGGACCAACCGGCCAGUUGGUCCUGUGGACCGGUUGGACCAACCGGCCAGUUGGUCCUGUGGACCGGUUGGACCAACCGGCCGGUUAGUCGUGUGGAUCGGUUGGACCAACCGGCCAGUUGGUCCUGUGGACCGGUUGGACCAACCGGCCAGUUGGUCCUGUGGACCGGUUGGCCCAACCGGCCGGUUAGUCGUGUGGCAUCGGUUGGACCAACCGGCCAGUUGGUCCUGUGGACCGGUUGGACCAAACGGCCUGUUGUCCUGUGGACGGUUGGACCAACUGGGCCUGUUGGUCCUGUGGACCGGUUGGACCAACCGGCCGGUAGUCGUGUGGAUCGGUUGGACCAACCGGCCAGUUGGUCCUGUGGACCGGUUGGGACCAACCGGCCUGUUGGUCCUGUGGACCGGUUGGACCAACUGGCCUGUUUGGUCCUGUGGACCGGUUGGACCCAACCGGCAGUGGUCCUGUGGACCGGUUGGACCAACCGGCUAGUUGGUCCUGUGGACCGGUUGGACCCAACGGCCCAGUUGGUCCGGUGGACCGGUUGGACCAACCGGCCAGUUGGUCCUGUGGACCGGUGGACCAACCGGCCUGUUGGUCCUGUGGACCGGUUGGACCAACCGGCCAGUUGGUCCUGUGGACCGGUUGGACCAACCGGCCGGUUGGUCCUGUGGACCGGUUGGACCAACGGCCAGUUGGUCCUGUGGACCGGUUGGACCAACCGGCCUUUGGUCCUGUGGACCGGUUGGACCAACCGGCCUGUUGGUCCUGUGGACCGGUUGGACCAACCGGCCAGUUGGUCCUGUGGACCGGUUGGACCAACCGGCUAG